CACACUGGGCAAGGCAGGGAGAGAAGUUGAAACAGUAAAAACUUAAAAGAAGUUAUUAAAAAAAUCAAGAAAAACAGGACAACUUCCCUAAAGCUUGUUCGUCGACCGAGUUCCUGCUUGGCCAGGAAUAACACCUUUACAUCAAGAUGACGGAAGUGAUGCAAGAACUUGUUUCAGAUGCGAGAAAACAUCGGUUUUCGACGAUCCCAAAUGUUACAGACGAUGAUGUUGUCAGUGUUUGGGAAAAUGUUGCCGCAUUUGUUGAACGCCACAUGAGCUUACAAAAGGGAGUGAAUAUACCAGGUCUUGGCGUCUUCACCUUCACCCAGAAGAAACUUGAUAUUGGCAACAACAAAUUCAUCUUGAUUCAGCGACCAGUCUUCGUCCUGUCUGAGAAGUUUGCGCAAACACACAGACUCAACUAUGCAAAACACUUCACAUCAGGACAAAUACCAAUUAUACAACUCAACUUCUCUGUGCUGUCGGCCGAGAGUCCCUUCGAUCGCGACACCGUGGAAAGAUGCGUCAAAGAAGUACUGUUGUCCCUGUCCCGCUCCGUCCAAUCAAAACGCAAUGUUGAAUUCAGCUUCACCGGGAUUGGACGACUAGCCAUACGCGAUAGCAAGGUCAAGAUGAAAUUCUACAAAGACUUCUUGAACAUGAUGGAUGGGUCAGGGACCCUCGCUGAGGCUUUGAAAAAUCGACCAGACACGGCAGAUUCUGUGUUGUCAAGGGCGUCCACAUACCGGCCAUUGACGGGAAACACGCUUGUGUUGCCAAGAAUUUCUCAAGGGUCUGGCAAAGAUGGACUUCUCCUGGAGAAUGAAGAGCCAGCAUCUAAGAGAAUGAUGCCAACAAUUGAUGAAGAUCGUGAGGCCGUACUUCAGGAUUUAGAGGUGCAAGAGGAAGAGAAGUUGGAUGCUGAGGACGAUCAAGAAGAAGCACCUGAACCAAUCGUCAAGAGACAAGCCCCGCCGUCACGUAGCUCGUCUCGCCAGGUAGCCCCAACUGCCAAAGCAACCGGUAUCAGUCUGAUGAUAGACGACUUGGUACCGGCCAGCCCCCCUCGUGGGAUCAAAGGCAGCGGUGUUACCCCGUCACCACCCAACAGCAAGACCCAGUCGCCCAGUGGGGCUCUCCCACCGCCCCGGUCGCCCAGAUUUAUCGAGAAACAGACCACCUUCGCUGCCGAGGCGCAGAGGAGGGAAUACACGCCUCCGGGGACGGGAUGCGGGCACAGCGCGGGUCAAGAGCUGUGUUAUUUAUGUCACCAGCGUACCGUUCGGAACGUCCCCGUCUCGUUUGAGGCGGAGAGGAAGAGGAAAGAUCAAGAACAAGAUCGACUUCUACAGCAGUAUCAACACUUGAAAGAUACAGAAGCUAUCAUCACCGAACAGGCCGAGAGUUUUUCAAAUAGACACCACUCCCAAAAGAUAGCCGCUUUUAAUCUUGGCGUCAGCGAGGCAAUCAAGAACAAAAAGAAAGAACGACCGACUGAAUUCCAUAGAUCCUAUGUUUUCCAGCGACGCUGCCUCACCCCACCGCGCCACAUCCAACAGGAGAUGUACGCAGAUGACUUGGCAGAUCAAGUUGAGGCCAAGAUGGCCACCAGAGUCAACAGGAAACAUGACCAGGAAUUCCUGGAGAGACUAGAACAAGUCCAGCUGGCUGAAGAACUUGCAGCACAGAGAGAGCAAUACUUGAGGGAUAAAGCAAAUCAGACAGACAUGUAUCAACGAGCUCUAUCGGCUCAGGUUCGAUUCAAGCCCCUCCCACUCCCAGCAGCCGUGCCCGAUUCCAAAGAGCCGAUUUUCGGUAAGAAUGACGCAACCAACGAGCAGCUCGCUGACAAGCGUCGGCGCGCCAUCGAAGUGUACAAGGAGCAGCUAGGAGCAGUCGAGCAUUCACGAAGAUCAAAACUUUUGAGUCAUCUACGCACACAGAGAGAAGAGAUGGACACUCUGGACAAAACACGCAGAGAGCUCAUCGCUGACCGUGCGGCUCGCUACGACAACGCCGUUAUAAAUCGAAAAUCCCUGGAGGAGACCUGGAGCAAUGCAGCCAGCCUAAAACGCAGCCGGGAGGAGGAACUCAAGCUACGAGCGCAGAGCCCCGGCGUUCUCGUCCACGAACAGUGCGAUAAAUACCACCGGUGCGACCAAUGCCAACGACGCCUCGGAAAUUGCGGAGAGUCAAACAUUUGGAGCGAGUCGAGAUACAUACCAGGGUCUCGGUUAAUGGUAUAACGUAGCAGAAUUUAAAUACUUCAGAGCAUCAACCGGCCAUCACAAAAUAAUUUUAAGGGAGACAAUUUUAAGGGGAGAUCUGUAGCAUAUUUUGUAGCAUAGUAUGAGGUGCAUAGUAUGAGGUGCAUGCUGGUCUAGCUUGCGAUCAAGUUUGACUGCUAGCUAGACCAGCAUGCACCUCAUUUAACAGUUGCACUUGCGCAAUGGGUAUUUGCGAAAAGGUCUAUGGUGCUGCAAGUACAGAAUUUUUCGAAAAGCAGUGCCGACGUCCACACACAAUCUUAUAGGGUCAAUUAGCACUAAAGCUGAUGAUGUAAUAGUACAUGUAUACAUGUUACAGGUACGUUUUUAUUUAUGUUAAUUUCAUGAAAGUUUUUCAUCGCACCAGUACAAAAACAUUGUAUCAUGAUUAAGCCCUGUACUUGUAUUUUGUGUGUGCCUGGGCUAGUUCAAGCAAGAUACCUUUAUGACAAUUGUAUACUAGUUCGAGACACAACUGCCAUUAAAAGAUAUACAAAGUUUUUUUCACUGAUAACAAUUUCAUGUCGCUGGCUCUGAUGAGAUGGUUUGAACUUAUUUUGUGGUGGCCGGUCGCAUAUCUUCCUCUCACACCAAGUUUAUUUAUUGCUAUUUUUCUCUGAUCUUAUCUGGUCAUAAUUAUGACGGUAAGAAUAAGUUCACCACUAAGUAUAAAAUAAUGACACGUUUUCCGUUAAAUCUCUUUUUUUAUCAUCCCUUUUUACAAUUUGUUUUUAAUUCGCUCAAGAGUCCUUCACACAAGCACAUACAUAACAGUUUAACUGCAAUUUUAUACCAAUUUUUUUUUAACUGUGCAUAAGAAAAUAAUCACUUUAAGUAUUUCAUACUUAUACAACUUUUUUUCAAUUUUACACCAAUUAGAAAUUCUGAUCUACAAUUUAUAAUUAUGAUUUUUGUACCAAUGUAAGUCCGUUUUCUAUCUUGCAUUUUAACAAUAUUUUUGUAUGGUUGUAUAAAAAAGGUUGCUGUAAAUACUCAUUGAAAAUAAUUGUAUAAAUUAAUGUUAAGCAUGAUUGAUACCUAGUAAGUGCUUGUUUUCAACAGUUUAAAUCAACUUUACUUAGUAAUUUUUUCAUAGUAUGUAUUUCAGUUAUGACUUUGAAAUUACUUUUUAGGUUUUAAAUCAUGACAAAGUGGGGCAUUUGUUUUAAGAUGCCAUUUGUGGCUAGUAAUACAGAAAAGAAUUCUCGUUCCAACUGCCACACCAUUAGGGUGUAUUAAACAUCAGGUUACACCAACUGCAAUUGUAACUACAUCGCAGACAAAUUCUUGCUACCCCUUAUGAAUUGUCAAAUUUGAAACUAACGCUGAAAAUGGGAGAAACAUAGCUAAGUUAGUAUCACAACUUGCUAACUGUCAUACAAUAUUGGUUGCCUUGCUGGAAAGUUACUGAAACAUAUUACACUUUCAGUCAGGCCUAGUUCUUUUUUGAUACCCCUUGUGAAAUGGGUUUAAUUGAAAUGGACAAAUUUUAAGGACAGAAUUACGCAUCCAUUAUCAACUCGAAAAGGGAUAAAUAAACCUUGGUCUUUGAAGUAUUCCUACAUUAAAUUUCCGGAUUUUAUUUUGCUGAUCUUCUUUCUUUCUUUGGUAUGAAAACAGAAGGGUCAGUGAGUCAGUGUGAAAUUUGAGUUCUUAUGUUGUGCAAGUAAAAAACAACAUGUAAAUGGUAAUUAAAAAUGAUACCACCGUGAAAAUUGUA